AUGGCUUCUUUGCAGUCGGCGCCCCCCAUGGCGCCCGGCAAUUACGCCCUGCCAGCGAAUUUGACCCAACAACAUGUCCAGGAGGUUCUUCAGAAAUACAAGCAGAUGCAAGAGCAAGGUGUCAAUCCAAAUGACCCUGAAUACAUCAAAGCUCAUCAAUUGCUUGCAACUAUCCAGCGCCAGCAAAUAAUGAAGCAGAAGCAACGUCAGCAACAGGCACAACAGGCGCAGCAGCAGGGCUCUCAUCCGAUGAAUGGCCCCCAGAAUGGCGCUGUCGCUGACGGUGCUGCCAAUGGGAUCCAUGUUCGCAAUCCAUCUGCUUCUUCCAUGACCGCACUCAAUACCGACGGCCCAGGUGUGAGCUUCCAAGGUGGCGCAAAUCGCAAGGGAGCAACAGUGGGUAGCGGGAGCUUCUCACCGGAGCAGUUGGCUACCCUUAGAAAUCAGAUCAUGGCCUUCAAGACCCUGUCCAAAAAUCAGCCCAUUGCCCCAGCCCUGGCCCACCAGCUUUUCCCGGCAAAGAAGCCUCAACUUCCAACCAUGGCCGACAAGCUCGUAGCGUCCGAGAAGGUUUUGGAUUCUCCCGAUAAGAGUGCCACGACCUCUACAGGCGAAGGCAAUGGAGAAAGCGCCGAGAAGGAUUCUUACACCACUUACGACCUCGAUGAUACUCCUCUCCACAAGCUCAUCAACUUUGACGGACACAAACACCGCAUCAACCGACCUCGCAUUCCUGCAUUCGAAUGCACUGGUAUCGACUGGCGCCAGGUUCGUGAGGACCGCGAAUUGCUCGUUUAUAACCGCAUGUCAGCUCGUAUGAAGGAGUUGGAGAAGCUUUCAGCAAACCUUGGUGUCUGGGACACAAGUAAGAGCGAUGCACCCGCCGGAGACGACUCUUUGAAGUUGAAGGCUUUGAUUGAGCUCAAGUCGCUGGGUUUGCGGGCCAGACAACAAGCCUUGCGAGAAAAGAUCCGACGUACGGGCUUUGACGCCAGCGAAACAAACCAGACCAACCGAGCCGUCCACCGUCGCAUGAAGCGUCCGUCGCUCCGGGAGGCCAGGAUCACCGAGAAGCUCGAGAAGCAGCAGCGUGAUGCUCGUGAAACACGUGAAAAGAAGAAGCAGUUUGAUCAGCUGCAGGCGAUUUUGAACCACGGCCACGAGAUGGUCACCGCGUCUGUGGCAAGCCGCAACCGCUCGACCAAGCUUGGCCGUAUGAUGGUCCAGCACCACCAGCACAUGGAACGUGAAGAACAGAAGCGUGUUGAACGGACUGCUAAGCAGCGUCUGCAAGCCCUGAAGGCCAACGACGAGGAAACCUACCUGAAGCUUUUGGGACAGGCUAAAGAUUCUCGUAUCUCUCAUCUGCUUGGCCAAACUGAUAAGUUUUUGAAGGAGCUUGCCAACUCAGUGCGCCAGCAGCAGCGAAACCAAGCAGAGCGGUAUGGUGAUAACGAAGACUUCGUGGACGAGGACGAAGAAAUCGUUGAUAGCGACGAAGAUGACGACGGUACCGGCAAGAAGAAGGUGGAUUACUACGCUGUGGCCCACCGCAUUCAGGAGACUGUUAAUGAGCAACCAUCCAUCCUCGUCGGUGGAACUCUGAAGGAGUACCAGCUCAAGGGUCUUCAGUGGAUGAUCUCACUCUACAACAAUAACUUGAACGGUAUCCUUGCGGACGAGAUGGGACUCGGAAAGACCAUUCAAACCAUCAGUUUGAUCACGUAUAUCAUUGAGAAGAAGAGAAACAACGGUCCCUUCCUGGUCAUUGUGCCGCUGAGUACUUUGACUAAUUGGAAUUUGGAGUUCGAGAAAUGGGCGCCCUCGGUGACAAAGGUGGUCUACAAGGGCCCCCCUAACGCACGCAAACAGCAACAACAGCAAAUCCGCUGGGGCCAAUUCCAAGUGCUGCUGACCACCUACGAAUAUAUCAUCAAAGACCGCCCCAUUCUCUCCAAGAUCAAGUGGGCACACAUGAUCAUCGACGAAGGACACCGAAUGAAGAAUGCCAGCUCCAAGCUCAGCAGUACUCUGUCAACGUACUACCACACCCGGUACCGUUUGAUUCUCACGGGUACACCGCUCCAAAAUAACCUGCCUGAGUUGUGGGCCUUGCUCAACUUUGUGUUGCCAAACAUCUUCAAGUCGGUCAAGUCAUUCGACGAAUGGUUCAACACUCCCUUCGCCAACACGGGUGGUCAAGACCGUAUGGAUCUGACUGAAGAAGAGCAGCUGCUCGUCAUUCGUCGUCUGCAUAAGGUUCUCCGUCCAUUCUUGCUUCGUCGUCUGAAGAAAGAUGUGGAGAAGGACCUUCCCGACAAGCAAGAGCGUGUCAUCAAGUGUCGCUUCUCUGCUCUGCAGACACGUCUGUACAAGCAAUUGGUGACUCACAACAAGAUGGCCGUCAGUGACGGCAAGGGUGGAAAGACCAACGUGCGCGGCCUCAGCAACAUGCUGAUGCAGUUGCGAAAGCUUUGCAAUCAUCCUUUCGUGUUUGAGCCCGUUGAAGACCAAAUGAACCCCAGUCGCCUGACAAACGAUCUUCUGUGGCGAACAUCUGGUAAAUUCGAAUUACUUGAUCGAAUUUUGCCCAAGUUCCGCCGCACUGGUCACAGAGUCCUGAUGUUCUUCCAGAUGACUCAAAUCAUGAAUAUCAUGGAAGACUUCCUUCGCAUGCGUGGUCUCAAGUACCUUCGUCUUGACGGUUCCACUAAGUCUGAUGAUCGUUCUGACCUCCUGAAAGUCUUCAAUGACCCCAACUCUGAGUACUUCUGCUUCUUGCUGUCCACUCGUGCCGGUGGUCUCGGCCUGAAUCUGCAGACUGCUGAUACAGUCAUCAUUUACGACUCCGAUUGGAAUCCUCACCAGGAUCUGCAGGCUCAAGAUCGUGCCCAUCGUAUCGGUCAGAAGAAUGAAGUCCGAAUCUUGCGACUCAUCAGUUCCAACUCUGUUGAGGAGAAGAUUUUGGAACGUGCGCAAUUCAAGCUUGACAUGGACGGCAAGGUCAUCCAGGCUGGAAAAUUCGAUAACAAGUCGACCAGUGAAGAGCGUGAUAAAUUUUUGCGAACUCUGCUGGAGUCGACGGAGGAUACCGAGCAACUCGGUGACCAAGAUGAGAUGGAAGAUGAUGACCUGAACGAAAUUAUGGCUCGGUCCGAAGAAGAGCUUGUCCUCUUCCAGCAAAUGGAUCGCGAGCGCGAGAAGACUGAUGAAUAUGGACCCGGUCGUCGCUAUCCUCGUCUUAUGUGUGACGAGGAGUUGCCUGAUAUUUACGUUCAAGAAGAUGCUCCCAUUUCCGAGGAGCCUAUCACGGAAGUGUAUGGUCGUGGCGCUCGUGAACGCAAGGUCAAGCGUUACGAUGACGAUAUUCCGCUCGAGGAGUGGACGAGACUCGUUGCUGAGUGUGAGGAGAGCGGAGCGAACAUUGACGAUGUUGUCGAGCAGUACUUGCAGGAGCGCGAAGAUCGCAAGGCCAGAAAAGAGAAGAGGAAACUCAAAGCUCAGGGUGUGAUCGAAUCCUCACCCGAGCCGGUCCAAAAUGACGAGACGCCUCCACGGAAGCGUCGCCGUGGACCAGCUCCCAAGCGCAAGGCGGAAGAGGUUGCCGAGGAGACACCACAGCCCAAGCGCAAGAGAGGUCGCCAGCCUAAGAUUCCAGAUACCCUGAGCAGCUCCGAUCGGGCGACUUUGACCAGCAUCGUCAACAGCGUGAUUGCGUCCUUGAAAGAAAUGACCGAGGAGGUUGAGCUGGAAGAAUCCGAUGGCGAAGAGGGUAGCACAGUGCUGCGUUCGAUCAUUGAGCCUUUCAUGAAGCCUCCUUCUCGUAAUCUGUACCCUGCGUACUACCAGAUCAUUCAGAACCCCAUCGCGAUCGAAAUGAUUGAGAGGAAAAUCAAGCGGGAUGAUUACCAGAGCCUGAAAGAGUUCCGGGAUGACAUCCACCUUCUUUGCGAGAACGCGCGGACCUUCAACGAGGAUGGAAGUCUGUUGUUCCAGGAUGCCAAUGAUAUUGAGGCCAAGUGCGUCGCUGAACUUAAGAGGCUGACGGCGGACCACCCGCAGUUUGCCAACUUCGAUGGCGGCGAAUCUGUUGCAGGUGAAGGCCAGUCACUUGGUGGUCCCUCCGGCACCGCGACCCCUCAGACGACCGGGACUCCAGCCCAGCCAAAGUUGAAGCUCACGUUCAACAAUCCUAAUGCCGAAAGUGCCACCAGUGCCGCGACAAGUACUGCUAACGGUCCCGACGGCGAUGAGGAAUGA